AUCCCCUAAUGUUUGUUUACUUUUUUGUUGUUUACAAUUUGACCUCAACAAUUAAACUGUUUCGUUUUGUUAACUAUUAACUGUUAAUUGUUUAAUUAGUUUUUAGUUUACUGGUCAAUUGUGUUGCAUCAAAAUGACCUCCGUUAUCUACAAUGUAAAUAAAGCUCAACAUUUAAAAAGAGUCGCUUUAACCCACAGACAAAAAGUGAAGUCUCUUUACAAAGAGGCUUUAAAAGUAAUCAGAUUUGAUACUCCUGAUGUAUUGGAAUCGAGAGAGAAAGCCUGUGAAUUGCGAAAACGCUUCGACGAUAAUAAAGAUGUUAAAGAUUUCCGACUGGCCAAGAAGCUUCUUCAAGAUGGACAGCAAGAAUUACUAGUCAACGGGAUGUGUGAACAAGUAAAUUUCACAUAUUCACCUCAUGGAACAGCAUAUCAACAAAGUCCAACAGCAAAUGAUGUUCUUCUUGAUUAUUGGCAUCCAUACGAGAAGGCGAUGUAUCCCUAUUACUUUGCCCGUCGAGGAAAGAAACAAGAAUACAUCAAACUAUUUGAAUCUGAAUUCGGAGACGCAGAGAAAUUAAUUGGUGUAGAGCAAAAGAUUGAUUAUGCCGAUUUCAUGGAAAAUUUUGAUAAAAAUCUAGACACAAAAUCUACAGAAAACAAGUAGAAAUAAUUAAAAUCUUUCCAAAUGUCUCUUGAUGGUAUUGAUUAUGCCAAUUUCAUGGGAAAGUUUGAUAAAAAUCUAUUAAUAGAAACAAAAUCUACCAAAUGAAGGAAAAUCCAACGAAAAUCACUUUGAUAAUGGGACAUCAAUUGUGCAAUCAAUUAAAAGGAUAGAAGUGAUCGUUAAUUACUCUAAAUCAAUUCAGUUGAUGUUUUAAUGAUAAUCAACAAAUUGAAUACCUUACGAUUGAGGUUUGAUUCAUUCUCGAUUUCUUGUUGAUUUAUUAUCAUGUAAAAAUAUGUACAAUAUGUGUUUACUUUUCUGUUAAUUGUUUCAGCGACCAAACUAAAGAGAUGUCACUUUUCAUUGUUCUUUGUAAAUCACUUACUUCCUAAGUGAACAAAUCAAUAGAUUAAUUACACAUAGAAUUAAAUUAAUUCUAUCUUA